AUGCUAAGCCCUGAGGAAAACAGUUCGUCAAAGGAUGGCAUAACUCCGGUCGAAUCUACUAAAACCGAAACUGAAGAGAGCACCACGAUUGGGGAUUCCACACCCAUUCCUGACGAAAGUACUACAGCUGCGCAGGACUCAACGAAUAUUCCUCAAGAUAGCACGACAAAGGAAGAUGCAACCACUCUUCCGGACGAAACUAGUACAGCUGAACCUCAAGAAAGUACCACGGUUGAGGAUUCCACACCCAUUCCUGACGAAAAUAAUGCGACUACUCUUCCGAACGAAACUACAACAGCUGAACCUCAAGAAAGUACCACGGUUGAGGAUACCACUCCCAUUCCCGACGAAAGUACUACAGCUGCCCAGGACUCAACGAAUAUUCCUGAAGAUAGCACGACAAUAGAUAAUGCGACUACUCUUCCGGACGAAAGUACCACGGUUGGGGAUUCCACACCCAUUCCUGACGAAAGUACUACCGCUGCCCAGGACUCAACGAAUAUUCCUGAAGGUAGCACGACAAUAGAUAAUGCGAACACUCUUCCGGACGAAACUGCAACAGCUGAACCUCAAGAAAGUACCACGGUUGAGGAUUCCACACCCAUUCCUGACGAAAGUACUACCGCUGCCCAGGACUCAACGAAUAUUCCUGAAGAUAGCACGACAAUAGAUGAUGCGACCACUCUUCCGGACGAAACUACAACAGCUGAACCUCAAGAAAGUACCACGGUUGAGGAUACCACUCCCAUUCCCGACGAAAGUACUACAGCUGCCCAGGACUCAACGAAUAUUCCUGAAGGUAGCACGACAAUAGAUAAUACGACCACUCUUCGGGACGAAACUACAACAGCUGAACCUCAAGAAAGUACCACGGUUGAGGAUUCCACACCCAUUCCUGACGAAAGUACCACCGCUGCCCAGGACUCAACGAAUAUUCCUGAAGGUAGCACGACAAUAGAUAAUGCGACCACUCUUCCGGACGAAACUACAACAGCUGAACCUCAAGAAAGUAGCACGGUUGAGGAUUCCACACCCAUUCCUGACGAAAGUACUACAGCUCCCCAGGACUCAACGAAUAUUCCUGAAGAUAGCACGACAAUAGAUGAUGCGACCACUCUUUCGGACGAAACUACAACAGCUGAGCCUCAAGAAAGUACCACGGUUGAGGAUUCCACACCCAUUCCUGAAGAAAGUACUACAGCUGCCCAGGACUCAACGAAAAUUCCUGAAGAUAGCACGACAAUAGAUGAUGCAACUACUCUUCCGGACGAAAGUACAACAGCUGAGCCUCAAGAAAGCACCACGGUUGAGGAUUCCACACCCAUUCCUGAAGAAAGUACUACAGCUGCCCAGGACUCAACGAAUAUUCCUGAAGAUAGCACGACAAUAGAUGAUGCAACUACUCUUCCGGACGAAACUACAACAGCUGAACCUCAAGAAAGUACCACGGUUGAGGAUACCACUCCCAUUCCCGACGAAAGUACUACAGCUGCUCAGGACGAAAGUACCACGGUUGAGGAUUCCACACCCAUUCCUGAAGAAAGUACUACAGCUGCCCAGGACUCAACGAUUAUUCCUGAAGAUAGCACGACAAUAGAUAAUGCGACAACUCUUCCGGACGAAAGUACCACGGUUGAGAAUUCCACACCCAUUCCUGAAGAAAGUACUACAGCUGCCCAGGACUCAACGAAUAUUCCUGAAGAUAACACGACAAUAGAUGAUGCAACUACUCUUCCGGACGAAACUACAACAGCUGAACCUCAAGAAAGUACCACGGUUGAGGAUACCACUCCCAUUCCCGACGAAAGUACUACAGCUGCCCAGGACUCAACGAAUAUUCCUGAAGAUAGCACGACAAUAGAUGAUGCAACUACUCUUCCGGACGAAACUACAACAGCUGAGCCUCAAGAAAAAAGCACCACGGUUGAGGAUUCCACACCCAUUCCUGAAGAAAGUACUACAGCUGCCCAGGACUCAACGAAUAUUCCUGAAGAUAGCACGACAAUAGAUGAUGCAACUACUCUUCCGGACGAAAGUACAACAGCUGAGCCUCAAGAAAGCACCACGGUUGAGGAUUCCACACCCAUUCCUGAAGAAAGUACUACAGCUGCCCAGGACUCAACGAAUAUUCCUGAAGAUAGCACGACAAUAGAUGAUGCAACUACUCUUCCGGACGAAAGUACAACAGCUGAGCCUCAAGAAAGCACCACGGUUGAGGAUUCCACACCCAUUCCUGAAGAAAGUACUACAGCUGCCCAGGACUCAACGAUUCCUGAAGAUAGCACGACAAUAGAUGAUGCAACUACUCUUCCGGACGAAAGUACAACAGCUGAACCUCAAGAAAGUACCACGGUUGAGGAUUCCACACCCAUUCCUGACGAAAGUACUACAGCUGCCCAGGACUCAACGAAUAUUCCUGAAGAUAGCACGACAAUAGAUGAUGCAACUACUCUUCCGGACGAAACUACAACAGCUGAACCUCAAGAAAGUACCACGGUUGAGGAUACCACUCCCAUUCCCGACGAAAGUACUACAGCUGCCCAGGACGAAAGUACCACGGUUGAGGAUUCCACACCCAUUCCUGAAGAAAGUACUACAGCUGCCCAGGACUCAACGAUUAUUCCUGAAGAUAGCACGACAAUAGAUAAUGCGACAACUCUUCCGGACGAAAGUACCACGGUUGAGAAUUCCACACCCAUUCCUGAAGAAAGUACUACAGCUGCCCAGGACUCAACGAAUAUUCCUGAAGAUAGCACGACAAUAGAUGAUGCGACUACUCUUCCGGACGAAAGUACAACAGCUGAACCUCAAGAAAGUACCACGGUUGAGGAUACCACUCCCAUUCCUGACGAAAGUACAACAGCUGCCCAGGGCUCAACGAAUAUUCCUGAAGAUAGCACGACAAUAGAUGAUGCAACUACUCUUCCGGACGAAAGUACAACAGCUGAGCCUCAAGAAAGCACCACGGUUGAGGAUUCCACACCCAUUCCUGAAGAAAGUACUACAGCUGCCCAGGACUCAACGAAAAUUCCUGAAGAUAGCACGACAAUAGAUGAUGCAACUACUCUUCCGGACGAAAGUACAACAGCUGAGCCUCAAGAAAGCACCACGGUUGAGGAUUCCACACCCAUUCCUGAAGAAAGUACUACAGCUGCCCAGGACUCAACGAAUAUUCCUGAAGAUAGCACGACAAUAGAUGAUGCAACUACUCUUCCGGACGAAACUACAACAGCUGAACCUCAAGAAAGUACCACGGUUGAGGUUUCCACACCCAUUCCUGACGAAAGUACUACAGCUGCCCAGGACUCAACGAAUAUUCCUGAAGAUAGCACGAUAAUAGAUAAUGCGACAACUCUUCCGGACGAAAGUACAACAGCUGAACCUCAAGAAAGUACCACGGUUGAGGAUUCCACACCCAUUCCUGACGAAAGUACUACAGCUGCCCAGGACUCAACGAAUAUUCCUGAAGAUAACACGACAAUAGAUGAUGCAACUACUCUUCCGGACGAAAGUACAACAGCUGAACCUCAAGAAAGCACCACGGUUGAGGAUUCCACACCCAUUCCUGAAGAAAGUACUACAGCUGCCCAGGACUCAACGAAAAUUCCUGAAGAUAGCACGACAAUAGAUGAUGCAACUACUCUUCCGGACGAAAGUACAACAGCUGAACCUCAAGAAAGUACCACGGUUGAGGAUUCCACACCCAUUCCUGACGAAAGUACUACAGCUGCCCAGGACUCAACGAAUAUUCCUGAAGAUAGCACGACAAUAGAUGAUGCAACUACUCUUCCGGACGAAACUACAACAGCUGAACCUCAAGAAAGUACCACGGUUGAGGAUACCACUCCCAUUCCCGACGAAAGUACUACAGCUGCCCAGGACGAAACUGCCCAGGACUCAACGAAUAUUCCUGAAGAUAGCACGACAAUAGAUGAUGCAACUACUCUUCCGGACGAAAGUACAACAGCUGAGCCUCAAGAAAGCACCACGGUUGAGGAUUCCACACCCAUUCCUGAAGAAAGUACUACAGCUGCCCAGGACUCAACGAAAAUUCCUGAAGAUAGCACGACAAUAGAUGAUGCAACUACUCUUCCGGACGAAAGUACAACAGCUGAGCCUCAAGAAAGCACCACGGUUGAGGAUUCCACACCCAUUCCUGAAGAAAGUACUACAGCUGCCCAGGACUCAACGAAUAUUCCUGAAGAUAGCACGACAAUAGAUGAUGCAACUACUCUUCCGGACGAAACUACAACAGCUGAACCUCAAGAAAGUACCACGGUUGAGGUUUCCACACCCAUUCCUGACGAAAGUACUACAGCUGCCCAGGACUCAACGAAUAUUCCUGAAGAUAGCACGAUAAUAGAUAAUGCGACAACUCUUCCGGACGAAAGUACAACAGCUGAACCUCAAGAAAGUACCACGGUUGAGGAUUCCACACCCAUUCCUGACGAAAGUACUACAGCUGCCCAGGACUCAACGAAUAUUCCUGAAGAUAACACGACAAUAGAUGAUGCAACUACUCUUCCGGACGAAAGUACAACAGCUGAACCUCAAGAAAGCACCACGGUUGAGGAUUCCACACCCAUUCCUGAAGAAAGUACUACAGCUGCCCAGGACUCAACGAAAAUUCCUGAAGAUAGCACGACAAUAGAUGAUGCAACUACUCUUCCGGACGAAAGUACAACAGCUGAACCUCAAGAAAGUACCACGGUUGAGGAUUCCACACCCAUUCCUGACGAAAGUACUACAGCUGACCAGGACUCAACGACUCAAGAAAGUACCACGGUUGAGGAUACCACUCCCAUUCCCGACGAAAGUACUACAGCUGCCCAGGACGAAAAAAAUACUACAGACUCUACAUACAAGCCCGGAGAAAGCUCUACGAUCGCGAAUUCUACACCGAUUCCGGAUAAAAGUACCACUGUAGACGAUACUACCAGUAGUUUUAUUUCGUCAACGCAAGAAACAACUCCAUCUUAUUCAAGUUCAACAUCAUCUUCCCCUGACACCACGUCGUCAACUUUAUCACCGCUUUCUUGCAGUAGCGGGAACUCAUACUUACCCCAUCCAACAAACUGCCACAAAUUUAUACAGUGUAGUAAUGGAAACGAAUUUAUUAUGGAUUGCCCGGCUAAUCUCUAUUGGGACUAUCAAAACUUAGCCUGCAGUAGGGAACCUAGUGUUUGCUACAACAGUGAGGAAAAUGCGAAACCAGAAGAAAAGACUUGCGGCCCUGGAGUAGAUUUCCUUGUUCACCCAACGGACUGUACCAAAUAUUUGCAAUGCAGUAACGGCGAGCCAUUGGAGCGCAAAUGUCCCGAUCCCCUGUAUUGGAACCCAGAAAUUUCCGUCUGUGAUUGGUCAAAUAAGUACUGCAACAAUCUGCAAUCUGCAAAUGAAUCGAUUUCAUGUGCAGUGGGAAUGAAUUUUGAUGUUUUUCAAGGCGAUUGUUCGAAAUACAUAAAGUGCUUUGGCUUGAGGGGUAUCGUAAUGAGUUGUAGUUUAGGACUUUACUGGAAUCCUGUCAGCGAAUUAUGCGAAAAAUCGCAGCGAUUCUGCACAUAAGUAAUCUUUGCAGAUAAAUAGCAUUCUUUGAUUGACCUUCAGAAAACAAUUUUAACUCAGUAAAACCAAUUAAUAAUAAUGAUUUAAAAUGUACUUAUUUUGCUGGAACUUCGAUCCGUUU